GGCUUGCUUGGUAGCGCACGCGAAGGCUUCGGCAUAGGACUCGCAAUCCUCCUUGGUGUACACAUCUUCUUUGACCAUUGCUAUAGCUGGACCGGCACAUGGGGACCUUCAAUGCUUCCAACUCUGAACGCCAGCGGCACCAGCGUUGUCAUCUCCAAGUGGUAUCGCCGCGGCCGUGGCAUACAAGUUGGUGAUAUAGUGUCAUACAAGCACCCAGUACAGGGAGAGCUUACGACCAUCAAAAGAGUUAUCGGUAUGCCAGGCGAUUUUGUGCUCAGAGACACGCCCGGCAAAGGAGAAGGCACCAUGAUACAGGUCCCCGUCGGUCACUGUUGGACAGUUGGAGACAACUUGCCAGCUUCGCGCGAUUCGAGAAUGUAUGGUCCCGUGCCUUUGGCUCUGAUCAAGGGCAAGGUUGUCGCUAUCUGGAACAACUGGCUCGAGAUGCCUCAACCGGUAUACAACGCUCUGAGGGAUUACGAAGACACCGGAGACGUGCGAGAUGCGGCAGUGGUGUCAAAAGGAGGUUGA